UCGAAAGCAUCCGGUUAACAGCGAGGACAGUAAUCUUAGAGAGAAAAUGGAAAAUUUUAAUUAUGAAGACUUCUACAACUAUACUUACGAGGAGGUCCUCAUGCCUCACGAGGCAAGUGUCUUCGAGCACAAAUCCAGCUGCCCGGGGAACGUCCUUUGCGUCUCUCUGCUGGUGAUCAACGCGGUCCAAUUUGUGCUGGGAUUUUGCGGCAACGCCUUGGUCAUCUGGAUCUCUGGAUUCAAGAUGAAGAAAACGGUCAACACCACGUGGUACCUGAGCCUGGCCAUCUCCGACUUUGUCUUCUGCACAUUUCUGCCUUUCAUCAUCAUCAAUAUGGCGAUGGAGAAGUGGAUCUUUGGAUUCUUUUUGUGCAAGUUUACCAGUUCCGUGCUGUUCCUCAACAUGUUCAGCAGCAUCUUCCUCCUGGUCAUCAUCAGCAUCGACCGAUGCGUGUCCGUCAUCUUUCCCGUCUGGUCCCAGAAUCACCGCACUGUACGAAAGGCUUCCCUCCUCGUCGUCCUCGCUUGGGUUCUCGCCAUCGGUCUCAGUCUUCCCUCUGCUGUCUUCCGCGACGUUCAGAGUCAAAUGGGAAGGAGCAUUUGCUACAACAACUACACGUCGCCGCAGACUCAUAAAAUAAUUGCCAUGAGCCGCUUUGUGGCAGGCUUUGUCGUGCCUUUCGUCGUGAUCAGCAUUUGCUAUUCGGUCAUUAUCCUCAAACUUCGUAUGAACAGAAUGACCAAAUCGUCGAAACCCUUUAAAGUCAUGACGGCGCUCAUCGCUACUUUCUUCAUCUGUUGGUUGCCCUACCAUGUGUUCAUCCUGCUCGAGAUAAACCACCAACACUUCAGUCAAGAUGUCCUAAAAGCCGGACAACAAAUCGGAACCACUCUGGUGGCAGCCAAUAGUUUCCUCAACCCGGUGCUCUACGUGUUCAUGGGGAAUGACUUCAAACAAAGUUGUAAGAGCUCCUUGAUGUCAAAGAUGGAGAACGCCAUGGGAGACGAAGGUCGCACCAUUAGCCGCUAUCUGUCCAGGUCCAGCUCGGUAGACGCCAAGCUUUCCACACACAUUUAAAGUUCUCCGUGACAGUAACACCAGUGGCGCAUCCAGAAAUUUUUCAUAGGGGUGGCCAGAUGGGGUGGCACACCAAAACUAAAAGCCAUAAUUUCAGGUUUUCACUAUAUUAUUGCAGUAAAAAGGUCAGGGGAAAACUAUCAGAAAGACUUAAGGACACGGCAACUGAUAUACUUUGGUGUAUUGUGUAAUAUUUGUUGUUACUAAUGAUUUAAUGUGCAUAGUCCAUAACUGUCCAGUCAACAUUUUGAGUUCCACAACAAUUAUGUUUUUUUGUGUUAUGUAAAUAUACGGCAUAAGGUGUACAUUUAACUAGGGCUGUCAAACGAUUAAAAUUUUUAAUCGAGUUAAUCACAGCUUAAAAAUUAUAUGCCAUAUUUUUCUGUAAAUUAUUGUUGGAAUGGAAAGAUAAGACAUGACGGAUAUAUUCAUUAAACAUACUGUACAUAAGUACUGUAUUUGUUUAUGAUAACAAUAAAUCCACAAGAUGGCAUUGA